AUUUUUUGGCAGGUCUUGAUCCAGCUGAUGUUGUGUGGAAGACGUAGGCAGUGGGGAUCCUAUAUUGUACAGCUAAUCUCCUUGCUGUACAAGGAUCAGCAUAGCAACACUCUCUACAAGCUGCUCAACAUCUGGUGUGAUACAGCACUUACCGAGAGCUCGGAGGACGACGAGAGUAACACCCUCUCCGCAGGACCAGGCAUCAGGUGGACUCCUCGUCUAUGGCGGACGUCUGAUCCUACUUCUGACUCCUCUGACAGUGAUCACCAGAAACACACUCCCAAAAGUGAAGUGGAAUCCAAACAUCAGUGCCACCCAAAGCAAGUGGCUCAGACUCGCAUGACGGAGAUGUUGGCACAUGGUAACGGCCGUAAGGCCCAGGUUGCCAUGAGAAACAAACACGGCAACAGCAAAAACACUCACCCAGCCAAACAUCGGCAGCCUGAUCACAGUCACCCUUUCGAGUCUCAGACCACCAACAAGAUGAUGCAGGGAACCAGGAUGUGCUGGGGAUCAGAGAGUGGGCUGGGGAGUAGUGUGUCCACCUGUGGCAGUAUGAAGAUGGAGGAGGAGUCAGAGUGUGGUUAUGUAUCACAGAACCAAGAGACCAUCUCAACGUCUAGUAAUGAGGACAAGGAACCUUCCAGAUAUGGAAAGAAGAAGACUAUCCUUCAAAAAUCUUUACAUAUGAUUCAGACUAAUCGUUACAACAACGGAAAGUUACCUUUGACUUGUCAAGCCAGGAAAGAGCUCCGUAGAGAGAAGAAAACUCAUGAAACGCAGCAAGACUACCACCAUGAGUAUUAAAACGUUCCUGAACCAUACACCUAGUGAAGAGGACAUCGCUCACCUGCUGAAGGAGUUCACUGUGGACUUCCUGCUGAAAGGAUACGGUCUGCUGGUCUCAGAUCUCAAGCUGGUGGUACUG